AUGGAUCUCGACCCCCUUCAUCCGGGGCCCUUCGAGCCAGAGGUACUUCACCUACAGCAACAUCAUAGGUCCCAGCUAGUAUGGGAUGUGGAUGUAGCUGCCAGCCUCUUGUUCCUUCCCCGGUUGAUGGAACAAGCAUGGGAUAUUUUAGACGCUUGGCCCCCACAUCGUCGCGUCUUAGAUAUACUAUAUCAGGGCAAUAUCUACCGUUGUGUCGUUCCUGCUAGGAUACAACAUGAUAGGCCUCUUGUGACGGCCAUGAUUGAGCGAUGGCGACCGAAGACCUAUACAUUUCAUCUCUGCACUGGUGAGGCCACCAUCACCCUUCAGGAUGUGGAGAUCAUUUACGGUCUACAGGGUGAUAUGUGGGGACAGAGUAGGAUGUCUACAUAUUCCCUCUCUACUCACUUGCGCCUCAUAGACAUGGAGCAUCCGAUUACAGAGGACACACCUCAGAUGAAUGUUGAUCGACGUGCUCGUCUGUACCUUCUCUUCAUAUUCAGGGGCAUCCUGUUCCCCAACACAUCGGGUUCCCAUGUGAGCUUGAGGUAUCUGCCAUUUCUGGAGCAUUUAGGCAAGUUGGGAUGUUACAGCUGGGGCGCUGCUAUUCUGGCUUACAUGUAUCGAGGAUUCUGUCGAGCGUUUAUGGGCUCGAGGACCGAUGUCGCUGCAUUUUGCCCGCUUCUCCAUAUAUGGGCGAGGACUAGGAGGAGACUUUUUCAGCCCAUAGUUGUUCACCCUCUGCUUGAUUAUAUUGUUGAGGCAGUUCCCUACGCACGGAGAUGGACACGAGGCGUAAUCCGAGAUGUGGAUAAGCACCACAGAGUUCUCCGGUUCAGGGAUCAGUUAGAUCGUAUGACGGCGGACACGAUCACACGUUCUAGGGUACAGCCGCCAGUUUGUCAUCCACAGGGUGAGCGGCCAGUUCGUGAUCUACAGGGUGGCACGGAGCUGAACUUCGAGUCCUUAUUCGAGGACUUCGACAUGUUUGAGAGCCAAGAUAUUCCAGCUCCAGCUCCGGCACCAUCUACAUCUCUGGCUCUGGGGCCCGCUCAGGAGACAGCUGAGGAGGCCCUCUCACUAGCCAUCCCAAGAGCCCGUCGACACACAGGUUCAUUCUUCUGCACCUGUGGAUCCGACUCCUGCUGA